AUGGCUUCAAACUUCGGAAAAGUCACGUCAAACCAAGAGGUACUUGUUAAAACUGAAAAGGAAGAUGCUGAAAUCAAUGCGAUGGCUCUUAAAUUAAAAGAGAUUUAUAGAAAAAAUGCUUUAGCCGCAGCAAGACAAAUACGUGCUUCUCCGGCUAAGGUUUAUACUAACAAAGCCAAUAGAACAGUAGCUUUGGUCAUGACAUCAGCAAUCACAAAUAAUAAUACACAAAAAAAUAAUGAAGAAGAAUUAUUUGAACAAUGUGAAGAUAUAGAAAGUAGAAAAUCAAGAUUUUCUUGGAAAUCAAUCGCAGGAUUCCAUUUACCGUACAUUAUACGCUUAAUUAAUGGUGAAUAUUUAAAGUUUGUAUCUACACGGAUGGCUGAAACUCACCUACUUAGCAAUUAUUUACAUCAUUUACAUUCAGAUAUUUAUACAUCAUGCACAUCAGUAAAUGGUCAUUUUAUCACUAAUUCAGAAGCAAAGCUAUUAAAUGACAUAAACUAUAACCAUACGAAUUGUGUGUACGGAAAAGAAAUAUUCAUUGCAGGGAAAGAUUUGAUUGCCUCUUUAGAAGAUGUUCAUGAAUUUUAUACAUUCAUAGAAGUAUGUUAUAAAAAAUUACUGUGUAAUGUUUCUCCAGAUCACAACGAAAUAUGCGGUUUUAUACGUAUUAACUCUGAGUCCGUUGUACCAUAUUGUAUUAAAGAUGGCCAAAAGUUUGUUCCAAUGUUCUACUUUGAAGGAGAAACAGAAAACCUAAUAAAUCGAGCUAUAAAUUUAGAAAAUUGGAACUUGUCCUAUCUAAAGUUCUGUUGUAAAGUUCAGGGUAUCAGAAAUGAGUUGUUUGCUAGUAACUCUUGCACAGUGGCCCGUCUUGAUGAUAUUAAGAAAUAUUUUCCACCAGAUACAAAUUUUGAGGAAUAUUGGCCUGCUAAGGUGGUUGAUUCAUAUCUUCUAACUAAUCAGAAGUCUACACAUGUCAGUCCAUCCAGUGCCUGGAUCAGAGCACCCCCUGAAGUAGUACCUCUUAAAAAUACUAUUUCUCACACUUUACCAGCACCAGUACCACAGGGUACGCCAGUGAUAAUGAAUACUUAUCAAAACGGAUGGCCACCAAAUCAAAUGGUUAAUUCAUAUAGCACUCAUGUCCAACCAACAUCAACAACUCGUGCCUACUCUAUAUUGACUGGAAAUCAAAAUAUGCCAGCCCACUGCUAUAACACGUUUUCAAUGGAUUCACGGGAUUCAACAAUGUCUCAAAGCAACGUUUCAUUAAGCGGUAUGGGGCAUGUACUACCACCGCCUCUAGUUCAUGCAGGCAGCACGACACCAGUAAUUGGCCAAUAUAUGACAACUAUGUACAAUCCAAUGACCAAUGGCAAUGUGAUGUCAUACUCAAAUCAAAUUCGACAAGUAUAUAGUCAACGUACUAUUAAUAAUAGCCAAGCCCAACAACAGUUGCAGCAACAACAACAACAGAUAAUUUCUACUCCUCAAACUCAAGAGUCAUACAGUGGCCAACCUGUGUAUGGUCGUUUCACCAACACUCAACAGCGCAACGCCUUGAGAAAUGUUGCGCCCAUCAUAACAACUGAAAUCAUUGACUUAUCAACUCCGCCAUCAAGCCCCGUUCCUUCACCUGAACCAGAGACUUCUCUCUGCCCUAAUGUUGGAUGGGUAUUGACGAGAAUACCUGAACGGAAAUUUCUACAAGGCUCAUCAACUAGUGCUGCAUACAAGAUCCAAAAAACGACACUUCAAGGGCAAACAAUCCACUGCAUUAAUGCCAAACCUUACAUAUAUUCAGAUUUGAUGGUGACCUUAGAUGACCUAGUUAAGAUGAUGUUACCUUCGUGCACUAUUGAGCGUUGCGCUCACAUUUUGAACAAAUUCUUGAAAACGACACUAUUCAGUGGCAAUUCUGAACAGUUAUCUGUAUUGCAAGAUAACGGACGCAUCAGGUCGAUGUACCCUGAAGACACACCAAUGGCCAUGCUGCAAGAUAUUGUGAAAGUGUUUUUGCAGUUAAGGACAUUGGUGUCCAAGUCAGACGAUGAAAUACAGCAGUUUUAUCAAUAUGUUAGUGUGCCGUCAAAGAGACAACGCACCAGCUAA